AGGACCGAUCGCGUUACGCGCAAGAGUGGAAUGUUCCCUCACACAGGCACAACUGGAGAGAAAAGAGCGAAAGAGACCGUAAAUCCAGAGAAAACCGUUCACGAAAGCUGGUGAAAAUAAUCGAAAAUCCAACCAGGGAAGGCGUGUGUGAUCCACGCUUCAAGAAGGCAUUCAGGACGAGUAAAAUCUGUCAUCGUUUUAAGGAUUUUAAGUUGUUUUAGUGGCUUCAUCAAUAGGUACGAAAAGGAUUUUCUGUGAGUCUGGCUUUGCCCUGUACUAUUCCAGGCAGAACCAUCUUAAUGUGGACACUUAUGAGUUCGGUUGUCCUGCAUUGUAGUAUCUACGAUCAUGUACUUGUGCACUUGCUACCAUGUAAGGGGCUUAAACAAGAGGAGGCUGUAAAGAGUUAUUGAAACUUCAUUCCGCGUCCAGAAUUUUUCUCAAUCAAGUUGCCUUCAAAGACGAUCGGCCACCACGACACGACAGCCACGCAUUUCUGCAUCUCGUCCAACAGGAUGAAAAGCAACUCUGUCUUCUUCCUCUCCAUUUUAGGAGCUGGUGUUCUCAUCUCCCUACAGGUCGAGGGUGGGCAAAACCCUGACUACGUGCUCCACGGCACUGGUGUCAAGCCUGGGUCGGAUCCAAAGAAAUCACAGUCAGGUGACGGAUCCACGGUGGCCCCCGAGGACGCAGCACGUUUCCUUAGCUGCUACUGCUCGGGCCACUGUCCUGAAGAUGCGACGAACAACACCUGCGAGACAAACGGCCAGUGUUUUGCCAUCAUAGAGGAGGACGAAAACGGCGAAGUUGUCCUCACCUCAGGCUGCAUGAGAUACGAGGGCUCGCACUUUCAGUGCAAGGACUCUCCGAAUGCACAGCCCAGACGGACCAUCGAGUGCUGUUCCACUGAUUUUUGUAACAGAGAUCUUCAGCCCACACUUCCACCAGUUGUACCUAAGCCCCCUUUGUGGAAUGCCCACUUGCUGGCCUUUCUAGUCUCUGUGAUUGUGUGCUGCUUUACUCUGGUCACAAUAACCGUGGUGUGUUACUACAGGUAUAAGCUGCAGACAGGACGGAGACGGUACCUGGAGCCGGAUGAGGCCUUCAUCCCUGAGACAGAAUCUAUUAAAGAACUCAUUAGUCAGUCCAGCACUGGCUCUGGUUCAGGGCUCCCCCUGCUGGUCCAGCGCACUAUAGCAAAACAGAUUCAGAUGGUACGUCAGAUUGGAAAAGGGCGGUAUGGAGAGGUGUGGCUCGGCCGCUGGAGAGGAGAAAAAGUGGCAGUGAAAGUGUUUUUCACCCGCGAGGAGGCCAGUUGGUUCAGAGAGACGGAGAUUUACCAAACUGUGCUCAUGAGACACGAGAACAUACUGGGUUUCAUCGCUGCAGAUAUUAAGGGAACAGGAGCAUUCACUCAGCUCUUCCUCAUCACAGACUACCAUGAAAACGGAUCUCUCUACGACUAUCUGAAAUACACCACCCUGGACACGCAGGCUCUGCUGAGACUGGCGUACUCGGCGGCAUGCGGCCUGUGUCACCUGCACACGGAGAUCUACGGCACGCAGGGCAAGCCUGCCAUCGCUCACAGAGACCUAAAGAGCAAAAACAUACUCAUAAAGAAGAACGGGACCUGCUGCAUCGCUGAUUUGGGCCUGGCUGUGAAAUACAACAGUGAUACCAAUGAAGUAGACAUUCCUCUGAGUACAAGGAUGGGUACAAGGCGAUACAUGGCACCAGAGGUCCUGGAUCAGACCCUGAACAAGAACCAGUUCCAAGCGUACUUAAUGGCCGAUAUUUACAGUUACGGCCUCGUUGUUUGGGAGAUGGGCCGGCGAUGCGUGACAGGAGGUAUUGUUGAGGAGUAUCAGAUACCAUAUUGGGACAUGGUACCUUCAGAACCGUCCUAUGAAGAUAUGAGGGAGGUGGUGUGCGUGAAAGGCUUGCGACCAGUGGUGUCUAAUCGCUGGAACAGUGAUGAGUGUUCACGGGCCAUGCUAAAACUCAUGUCUGAGUGCUGGGCCCACAAUCCAGCCUCUCGCCUCACAGCUCUUCGAGUCAAGAAAACGCUCGCCAAGAUGGUUGAAUCACAGGAUAUCAAAAUAUGAGCUGUUCUCCCUCCAAUCUCAGUUCCUAAACCGACCAGGGGAGACGCUGCUGAGCAGAACAUCUUCCUCCAUGCCUGACUGUGAUUUCUCAUUUUGUUAUGCUCUUAGUGUCCUUUAGCACCCUCUGCUGGACGCUACGUGCCAUAACGCAUCCAUGAAGAAGUAAGGACUCCGUCACCUGUCCUGCUUUUCAAGGAAUCAUCGCAUCAUCCCUGUUUCCACCAAUAAUAUCCUUCUGUUCCACAGACAUUCAAUAAUGAAUUGGGAGAGAAACAAUAAGCAUAUGGUGCUUUCCAUGAAAGCCGUUUUAAAGGAAACGUCUGUAUGCGAGAUAUAAGACAUGAUGGCACUGUUUGCCAUUGGAGAGAGGUAGCAGAGCCACGUUUCAGGAGUAUUUGGGAGAAGACCGAGGUCUGACACCUCUCUGUUUCACUGGGAGGUGCACACAUUUGGGUGAUAUUUUGAUCACAGCCCAGUUAUAUGCUAGCUAGCGUUGCAAAACUGGCACUCUGCAUUUGGACCAUGUGCAAUGUUGCUGACAAAUCUUUGAGAGAUUGCAUCUUAUGUAAUGACAAUUCCAUCCAUCCAAUCACGAACCGGCUUGUCGUCUUCAGGGUCACGGGAAGGCUGGAGCCUAUCCCAGCGUCUUGGGCCAGGCAGGGUACGCCCUGGGUAGAUGGCAUUGCAAACGUCCUGUAUUUCCCAUACUAUCACAUAUAUACAAAAAUGUCCCUUUAGCUACAUAAUUGAAUUGUCUUUCCCAUCAAUUAUUCUUCAAUCUGACGUGCUUUGUGAAGAUCAGUCCACCAGAUGCUCAAAUACAAAAUUGGAUGGUUGCAAUAAGGUUUGUCAUUUGAAAGCUUUAGUUGAGUAGGUACAGUAUGUUCACUGUUAUGGACGGGAAGUUCUGCCCAGGAGUGAUUAUAAUAGCAGCGCUGCCAUGAAGAAGUAAAAUACCACAUGGCACACAAUGCAGACAACGCACCUAUUAAAGAUCCGUUCAGCUAAAGGAUGGGAACUGAUCAUUCUGAAUGGCAGAUCUGAUCUGGCUUUUCGUAUGCGUCUCAGUGCAGAUGGAUGCCAGCAGGUCUCACGCCACAUAACUUUUGUUUAAAUUUGUUCAAAAGUCAACCUCUGUAUAUCACAUUUGAUUCAUAAGUGCCAGGUUGAAUUUUCUUUUUUAACCGGUUUUGCCUCAUGUAAUGCUGGGAAUCAUGUGACUCUUGGUUUAGAAUGUCAUAAAUUUCUUAUGUAAAAGAUAAAUGCAAAAUGCAUGUGCUAUUUAUUCACGUCAUGUUAUAAAGUAUGAAUUAUUGUGGUAAGAAAACUUUACAUGCAGGACUAAUAACUUGCAUCUGACAUUCACAAUGUUUUACGGAGCAGCUCAAUCUUGCAAAUGUUGGUAACAAGAUAUUUAUGACUUUAUUGAGUUAUUGACGUCCUAUCAGCGUGGGUGGGAAUUAUUUCUCAUAACUACCUUUGUUCCUCUAAUAUGAACACCCAGACUCUAUAUCUGGGAUUUACUGAAAGCUCGGGGCAGGUACCUUUACUUCAUCAUUCAUUUACAUGAAAAUAAUUUCAAAGCAUUUUUACGAAGCUUAGUUACAAGUUAAAUGCCAUUGAAAAUGCAUUAUUGGCAUUUGUUAGACAUGCAGUUUAACCUGCAAAAACAGGUUCAUCCAAUUGUAAAAUCAAGUUCUGGGCAAGUUAUAAACACGUCUAGUCUAGGAAACAUAAAUAAUGCAGAUUCAAGACUUCCGCUACUGUGUUUUUGUGUGUGUACUAUUAUCUCAUGAAUAAAUGUCCGUAGGUCAUUGAUUUGGCUCCAUGCAUUGAAGACAGAGAGCUCUUCAUCCCAGUUGCAUGUGAUUGUAUUUUCUCACUUUAUGAGCUGUAGCUCAUUUCUAGUCUGUCCAUUACAACCAUGCCAGUUGCAUUUGAUGACUCGUUUUAAAUUCAUCUUUUAACAGUUAAGAUGAAUUCUUAAAUGAUGUUUUUGUGUAAAAGAAGAAAUGUAUUAUGAUCUGAAUAAUAUGAACCUUUUAUUUUGUGUUGUGCACAACAUCUGUUUUUUGGAGAGGUGCCUUAUGUUUACCAAGCAAGCUGUUAUAUACACAGAAUUUGUCCAAUGUAUCAAUUUUUAAGUAAAUUACCUUAUUUUAGUACACUA